UUGUUUUGAAGUUUAGAUCUGACGUGGUACUGGUGCUUGUCUACUUGCUGUCGUUUACUACAAAAUAUCUUUUGAAAGCCAAUAUUCAUAUGAUAACCAAUAAUUAUAAAUAAAAUACCUUUUGGAUCUUAAAUAUCAAUAUCGCAAAAAUGUUGGACAGUUUAUUUGACGAUGUGAAGCGCAUGAACAAGCGCCAGUUCAUUUACCAAGUACUUAGUUUUGGUAUGAUAGUAUCGUCGGCCUUAAUGAUAUGGAAAGGUUUAAUGGUUGUAACCGGCAGUGAGAGUCCGAUCGUGGUUGUGUUGUCUGGCAGUAUGGAGCCAGCCUUUCACAGAGGAGAUCUCUUAUUCCUCACCAAUUACCCCGAAGAACCCGUGCGUGUUGGGGAAAUUGUAGUGUUCAAAGUGGAGGGCCGUGAUAUUCCAAUUGUUCACAGGGUUCUGAAGCUACAUGAGAAAAAUAAUGGUACUGUGAAGUUUUUAACUAAAGGAGAUAACAAUAGUGUGGAUGAUAGAGGGUUGUACGCACAAGGGCAGCUCUGGCUCACUAAGAAAGAUGUAGUGGGUCGAGCAAGAGGUUUCCUGCCUUAUGUGGGAAUGGUCACAAUAUAUAUGAAUGAAUAUCCUAAGUUUAAGUUUGCAGUUUUAGCUUGUCUUGCGGUUUACGUCCUGGUGCACAGAGAGUGACAUAAUUAUAAAAUAACCAUAAGGUGGAAUCAGUCUGUAAAAAUGUUCUAUUGACUGUGUGGCUGUAUUUAAUUUUUUGAUUAAACAGUGAUUCUCUCUAAUGUAAUUGCAAUUUUUUUUUUUCGUUAACGUUUUUUGGAUGUUCUUUUUAGUUGUAUACAAAACUUAAUAUGUUUAGUUAACGUAACUUACGGGAAUAAAGAAAUUUUGUACAGUCUGAAAGUAACAAUGAGUGUUGAUUUACUUCUCGUAGUUUUAAGUAAAACUUAUGAUCUAAUAAAAUAUAUCGUGUCACUACCACA